UCUGGGCAGAAAGAAGUGUGUGCAGAGUGUGUGUGUGCAUCCUCCUUUCCUGCGGCCGCAGCUGACAGAGGCCCAGCUGGCUGCAAAGAUCCUGGACAACGGCAUUCAGGGAGACCUGCACCGGUCCAAGUCCAGUCUGGAGAUGAUGGAGAGCCAGUCAUGUGAUGCUGAGCCUCCUCCUCCUCCUAAACCAGAGCUCCGCUACCCUGGAAUCACCAGAGGAAACACGGAGGAGUGCAGUCUACUGAACAAACCCCCUCCCACCCCCACCAUGUACAAAUACAGGCCCACCUACAGCCCCGGCAAGAACCACACAGCGCUCACACAUGCUUAUGCCAACCAGUUAAGUCGAGGGGAGAGUGUUGGCAGUGCCAAGGACUCCUCCUCCUCCACCUCCUCCCUCCUUCAGUCCAGUCAGCAGCCUGGUUUCCGCUCCCAGCCCAGCCUGGAUCGGAGGGACACCUCAUGUGACAGAGUGAGAGGUGGGGGAGUAGGGGAGGAGAGGAGGGAGGCGAGAAGAGAGGUGGGGGGAGGGGGCAUCCCUGGCUACUCCCUUGGUGGACGCUCGUACCCCUCCUUCUCCGACCCCACGGUCCUGUCAGGAGUGGCGUCACGAUCUUCCAGCUCCACGCACACCUCAGCAGGCGCCGUCCACAUCUCUGAGGCAACCACCACCUCCGCCAGCUUCAAGAGCUUAGCCAAUCAGACGCCCCCACCUCACCACCCGUCCCGCAACGGGAGCCUGUCAUAUGACAACUUACUGGCAGGUGGUGACGAUUUCGACAAAGGGGUGGUGGCCGCCCCUGAGGUUUCCUCUGGGAGACCCACGCCAGCAGGAGGCGGCUACAGCUCCCCCUUUCUGUCCCAACAGCGAGAUGCUGAGAUGCAGUCGCCUCAUCACUACCACCGCUCCUCCCACCACCACUCCUUCCUCCACCGCUCCUCCUCCACCACAUCCUCCUCCCCACCGCCUCCUCCGGAGAGGGAGCAUCUGCUGGGCGAGCCUCACCUUGGCACUCAUCCCCUGCCUGCCAUACAGGCCUCGGCUCCACCCUCCUCCUCUGCCCCGCCUCCCCCACACCAUCAUCACCACCACGCCCAUCAUCACCACCACCAUGCCCAUCAUCACCAUCACUCCUCCUCCUCCUCCACCUCCCGCACUCCCCGCUUCGCUGCCCCUUACGCACAAACCCACCACGCUUAUCCCUACCGUACCCGCUCCACUGACACCCCUCUGGGAUCCUCCACCACAUCCACAACCCACCCUCCCCGCUCCCCUCACCCCCCACCUCUGGGCAAGUCGCUCUCUUACUCGAGUGCUGCCGCCGCCGAAAUGCAGUACCGCCUUGUCCGAAAGGCGUCUGCGUCAGCUGGAGCCAAUGCGGCGGGCGUAGGAGGAGGAGGAGGAGGAGGAGGGAUGGGAGGAGGAGGAGGAGGAGGAGGAGGAGGAGGAGUAAUACAAGCGCCAAAGGAUGAGCUGAUCCAGAUGAAACCCCUGAGUCGGACCAAUGGCGGCCGGGCCUUCUCCUCCGCCUCCUCCUGCUCCGCCCCUUCCUCUCCCUCUCACCCAGUCAGCGUUUCCGCCCGGCCCCGAGUGGCCUAUCCCAGCUCGGCAUUGACGCAGAGUCCCGCCCACAAGCCUCAGGUUGGCGGGGUGAAGAAGGUGACGGGCGUCGGGGGCACCACCUACGAGAUUUCUGUGUGAGCGGCCACCAGACUCCUGCUGUAGGACCAAUGAGACGAAGAGAAGGUGCUGCGACCUCCUCCUGCCUCUGAGGGACACAUUUAGUUUUUCAUUAUGAACUAAGCACUUACAGCUGGACUGAGGGUCUGAGGAGUCCACCUCUCACUCCUCGCUGGCUGUGGAGCUAAACUGUGCAUCCACCUCAGCACGUGUGCUGCUGAAAUGAGAGUAUCACCUGGACUGAUGCUGGACCGAACACUAACCAUGACCUGGUUAACUUCAGUGGGUUGUAUGCUCUCUGUAGCGCAGCAGGCUGCACGAGGCCCGAGCACAGUCAGGUGUUACGUUAUACAAGUAAAGCAGCGCCAGGCAUUCCCACUGCCAGGGAGAGGAGUCCGAUCCCCACUGGACCUCCCACCAGCUCCAGAUUGGUUUGAUGACUAACUUUACCAAUCAGCACUUUUAGACUGAAGCUGCAUUUAGGUAAACUGGUGCAGAAGUUUAAUGUUUGAACAUUUCACCAUUUUCACGCUCACAUUUGGAACAUCAUUGAACAUAAAGCCUGAUGAUGAUGAUGGUGAUGAUGAUGAUGAUGACGACGACGACAACGACGAUGAUGAUGAUGAUGAUGAUGAUGGUAAUAACAUUUCAUGCACACUCUGUAGAACCCGCUCCUACUCAAAGUGAAGGGCUUCUCACAGAGGAGCUGUUUCGUGUCAACUAAAUGUAAUACAAUUCAUGGCCCAGUUGUACUUUGAAUAAGCAUCCACCAGAUGGAGUGAUUUCAUUGGACCAUGAACAGGUGGUGUUGUGAUGUGUGAUGCAUGGAGUCAGUGAUGAGCUGCUGUCCCAGCCUGCAGUCUGUCAGCAGCAGGUCAGUAUGUAGUAGGAUGUAUUAUGGACUGUGGCCGGAGGGAACGGCACACAUGAACCUUUCCAUCGAUGUUGUGAAUCCACUUGCCUUUUGAUGGAGGGAUGAAAACUGUGACAUUGGAAAAAAACAAAAUGCUGAUUCCCUGUUUCUUUGAUUCAUUUGUUGAUUUAUUCCUAGAUGUGAAUAUGAUUCCAUGUUUGUACAGGGUGAUGUGAUUUUAAAUGUGGAUUUCUUUUUCUAAGUGGCGUUCAUACCAGACUGCAGCAUGCACUACUAUUACUACUCUCCACCGUGUGGUCUGUGAACAAACAGGAGACUAAAGUGAACAAGGAAGUCAUGCUUUGGCCUUUUGUUGUUAACGGGGUCCUUAAGACACAAAACUCAUUCCUUGAGCAACUGCCUUGAAAAUUAAAGUGUUUUUUUUAUGUCACCUAUUUAAUUUGAAAUUGUUUUAUAUGAAUUUAUAUGGAAAUAUAGCUAUUGAUAAAUGAAGAGUUUUUAAUAUUGACUAAAAAGGAAUCCUGGUAAAAAAGAAUGUGAGUUGUCUCAGACCAGACGCAUUGUUUCUAACAUGGUCAGUAGUUAGAACUCCACCCUAUUCUGCCAUAGAGUAUUAUGGCUUCUGUUUAAAAAGAAAAUAAGAUUUUAAGAAUGAAGCCAGUGCAACACUCUGACAUUCCCUCAGAAUUGUGUGGCAUGGGAAAUGAUUUUAAGAUUAAGUUAAAACCGAAAUGAGGCUCCUGCUCUGAGAAAAUGUGUUAAAUGGUUGUGAUGAUGUCGUGACGCCAAGUCUUCCUUCUCCCUGAUAAACAUUAACUGUCCAUAGUUUGCUAAAGAUUUCACUUUCUGGGACAAAGUCCAGCACUUUGUUGCACCAGGUCCACUUGGAUUCAGCUGUACAGUAAGUCUACAGUGGACACUAAAUCUAACCUUGAAAAUAAUUACACCAGCCGUCGUGUUUCAUUUCCUCUUUUAGAGCCAUCACGCCUACGUUUAGCGUUACUGCUGCAUCAGAUGAAGGACAACAUGUUUAAGUAACUCUGGCAUCCCUUUGUAAUGACUUUUAACUCGAGUCUGUUUUCUCUCAAGUGUCACCUUUUAGGAUUCCGUCUAUGGCCAUGUUAGUUAUGAUGUGGUCAAAUAAACGAAGUAGCAUCAGAGAACUGUACAGGAAGCGUCCUGUGUCUCAUGAGUGUGACAUCACAAGAAAGGAAGUCUUUUUAAUUUCAGCGUACUUUUUGAUUUGGCUGUUUGAGCAGAAUGGACGGUAGAUGAAGACAGAGCUGUUGGCAGCAGAGCUGGGAAACAUUCAAAUCAAAGACUAAUAUGUGUCCAGCUUACUUAACCUGUGUGAAAGAUGAUGAUGAUGAUGAUGGAGUCCGAUCAGUCUCAAUAUUAAUAAAUGCACACAGAAGGAUUCACAAAUGUAUUUUGUGAUUUCAUGUAUAAAUGACUUCACAUAUAUCGUUGUGUAUAUGAAUGGAAAACAAAAUCACAAAAAAAGAAAAUAAGAUUCACAAAUAAUUUCUUGUUUAAUAAAUGUAAUGGAAAUCAACAAA